UUGUUUCCAGGAAGUCAUUUGCAUCACAUGGAACCCAGGAAUGAGACACCAAUUUCAGAAUUUAUUCUCCUGGGAUUAUCAAAUGAACCAGAACUGCAGCCCCUCAUAUUUGGACUUUUCCUCUCCAUGUACCUGAUCACUGUGAUUGGAAACCUGCUCAUCAUCCUGGCUGUCACCUCAGACUCCCACCUCCACACCCCCAUGUACUUCUUUCUCUCCAAUCUGUCCUUUGUAGACAUCUGCUUUAUCUCCACCACUGUCCCAAAGAUGUUGAAGAACAUAAGGACACAGAACAAAGUAAUAACCUAUGAAGGCUGCAUCAUCCAGAUGUAUUUUUUCAUACUUUUUGCUACAUUGGACAUGUUCCUCUUGACCGUGAUGGCCUAUGACCGCUUUGUGGCCAUCUGCCACCCCCUCCACUACACAGUCAUCAUGAAACCCCGGGUCUGUGGCCUGCUGGUUCUGCUCUCCUGGAUCAUGAGUGCUCUGAAUUCCUUGAUACAAAGCAUAAUGGUGUUGUGGCUAGCUUUCUGUACAGACUUGGAAAUCCCCCACUUUUUCUGUGAAGUUAAUCAAGUGGUUCAACUUGCUUGUUCUGACACUUUUCUUAAUGACUUGUUGAUGUAUUUUGCAACUGGGGUGUAUGGUGGCAUUUCCCUCACUGGAAUACUUUACUCAUAUUCUAAGGUAGUUUCCUCUAUACUAGGAAUUUCAUCUGCUCGGGGGAAGUAUAAAGCAUUUUCUACCUGUGCCUCUCACCUCUCAGUUGUCUCUUUAUUCUACUGUACAGUCCUGGGAGUAUAUCUUAGCUCUGCCGCUAUUCACAGCUCACAAUCAGGUGCUGUUUCCUCGGUGAUGUACACUGUGGUCACACCCAUGCUGAACCCCUUCAUCUACAGUCUAAGGAAUAAAGAUAUAAAGAGGGCUCUAAAAAGGAUCAUUGGGAUGGCAGCUAUAUAA